AUGCUCUACUGCAACUUUCCGGUCGAUGCUGGCAACCUCCAGAGCUACCUGAGCCCCAAGCUGAAGCCCGAGCUCUUUGAGGGUAAGGCCUGGGUCACCGCAAUGAUCUUCAACGUCGAGUCCCUCAAGCUCGAGACGAUCUUUGGCAAGGUGGCCAUCGGGGGCGGCUCCGAGCUCCUGAAGCUCACCACCAACGUGGUCCGCGCGGACAACGGCGACAAAGGCUACCUCCUCAUGAACUUGGACUUCCCAAGCGGUGCCCAGGGCUGGGUGCAGAAGCUUACUUCGAAGAUCGGCUGCAGCGCCACCCAGCCCGGCGUCAAGUGCGGCAGCACCACGGCCGUCUUGGCGAAGAGCGGCUCCGCGCACUUGGAGGAGUCCGAUGAGUCCUAUGAUGGCGUCACGUACGACGUGGCCUUCGAGGUGAUCAACCGGCCGUACAAGGUCCUCCAGGACGGCCCGCAGGGUGUCGUGCGCGUCGCCCACCAGGAGGGCAAGGACGCACCCAGCAACUACCGCGGCUACAAGGGCUUCGUCGGCAGUUGCGGGAACGUGUGGUUGGUUACCGUGAACGUGGAGUCUCUCUUCAGCUCGGUGUUUGCCAAGCGUUGGCCAGACUUGAAAGUCGACGAGAGCUUCGCUUCCGCCCACUGCUUCUGGGCCGACCAGCUGGUUUUCGUGGACCACGAUGGCGACAAGAUUUGA